CGAGAGUGCAACUGCAGUGUCCCAUGCCCCGUGCCAAGUCACCGCUGGGACCUGCUGUGGAACGUGUUCCACUCAAACUCCCGUCGGCCCGCUGCGACGCGUCUGCUGCUUCGCGUCUCCCACCUCUUUGUCCGUCUGUAAUCCGUACUCAACUUACAUGGCGGUGCAUCUGAAUUUCGAAGUCUUCUCAAUACCUCUAUCAGCAUGUCACAGCCCAUGAUCAGCCUGCAGCCGGAACCAGCCGCGGGCCACCCGCCCCAGGCAACAGCGCACCUGCUGCCCUGCCGCGUGCACCACAACGGAUCCGUGGAGCCGGUCCAGUCCUUCUGGGAGCCCAAAGCCGGGGAGGACGGCACCAGCACAGCAUACUUCCGCGGCCGCAAGCUCCAGGGUAAGGCCAUCAAGUUGCCCGACGGGUACCGCGGCGUCGUUGCCGCCAUAUCUGCGUCUGCGUCUGAGAGCCCGCUGGGGCGCCCGGAGGAAGCCGGUGUUGUCGACCUCGAGGCCGAGACGCCGCCGCGGGGAACGCUGCAGGCGCAGGCCGAGUUCGACGAGAUGGUCAUCUGGGGCCACGAGGUCGCCGUCGAUGCCUCGGCCGAUCCGUACAUGAGGGGGGCGCAAGAGUGGAUCGCCCUCGCCGAGAAGAUUCACGCGUAUUCCGCUCCCGACAGCAAGGGAAAGUGAGCGAGCUGGAGGGAUGCAUGUUGCACAGCGUUCGAUCCAUUCUCAUGGGGAAGCCUUGGGAGGGCUAGCCCGCGUUGCUGGUUGGUCCCGUUGAUUGCUCGUGAGACCAGGGGUGUUUGCGCUCACCAGUCCGUUUCCAUGAGCAACCGGGAAAGA